UGUAACACGGCUCUGAGCCCUCCGCUUUCCCCUGUAGUGUAUUUUUCGGCCCUACUCCGGUUGCUUCCCUCCCCCAAUGCCGCCAUUAAAGUCCGUGAGCCUGGUAUUUGGGAAAAGGAUUAAAAUGAUUUAGAACAUCGAAACCAACGGUCGAGGGACGGGCCUGGGGGGGUUCUUGCUUGUUGGUAUGUAUGGAUCCUCCACUGCCAGUAAAACGGCACCCCAAAGUACUAAAUAUGCGGCUGGUGUCGUCCAAGUGAGAGAAGCCUGACUUCGGACUUCAGUGGGCUUCUCCUAUCGGGGGGGAGCUCCAUUUGUUUUGGCUUCUGCUGGGGACGGAGGAGUGUAAACACGGCAAAGCAAAGUGUAGUGCUUGCUGUGUGAUCUCCGUGAAAGUGGAUCUGCCGGGCUGACAGUCCCUCUGAACGGCAGGAAGCCUCCCUCAGUGGCGGUGCGACGAUGAGCGAGCUGGUUGCCAAGUGGGCCUGUGAAUACUGCACAUACGAGAACUGGCCGUCAGCCAUCAAGUGCACCAUGUGCCGCGCUCAGAGGCCCAGCGGGGGUGCCAUCAUUACUGAGGAGCCCUUUAAGAGCAGCCCUGCCCUGGAUGCCAGCCUGCAUCAGUGGGAUCCCGCAGGUCUGAGCAACAGUCCAUCUCAAGGGGGAUCCAGCUUGCUUAUUUGUCCAGACUCCAGCGCCCGACCGCGCGUUCGUAUUUCUGAUGUACCUGAGACAAGUAGCAAGUGGUCAUGUCAUAUGUGUACCUACUUGAACUGGCCUCGCGCUAUCCGUUGCACACAGUGCCUGUGCCAGAGGCACCAGGCUCAACAGCAACAGCUUGGGCAGCAUGUAUCCCACCAAGGACACCAUACCCAGCAGCCACGAAGCCCCACAGAAUCACCCCAAACCUCGGGCUCUGGAUGCCACCCCGGUCCUCCAGCCUCAACUACAGACCCUUGUGAGGAAUAUAAUGACCGCAACAGGAUCAACACUAAUUCACAGCACUGGACUUGCACUGCUUGCACUUAUGAGAACUGGGCCAAAGCGCUCAAGUGUGUUGUGUGUGAUCAUCCCAGGCCUACUGGUUUGCUAGCUGAAUCCAUCGAACUGGCAUCAGAACCUGAGAGCCAACAGCCAUCCUCAAUACUUAAUGAACAUGACAGGGGUAACAGGAGGGGGGUGGGGGGCUUGGUAAGUGUUGUUGGCAGUUGUAGCAGCAGCCAGAGGAGGUCACCCCCGGCGACAAAGCGGGAGUCCGAAGUGAACAUGGACUUUCAGAGGAUUGAACUUGCAUCAGGGGCUGGGAUUGGGAGCAAAGAGGAGCUGGAAGUGGAUUUCAAAAAACUGAAACAAAUUAAGAACAGAAUGAGACGGACGGAUUGGCUGUUCCUAAAUGCUUGUGUUGGCGUUGUUGAAGGCGACCUGGCAGCUGUGGAAGCUUACAAGUCAUCCGGAGGUGAUAUAGCACGACAACUGUCAUCAGACGAGGUGCGCCUGUUAAAUCGGCCCUCAGCCUUUGAUGACGGCUUCACGUUGGUUCACUUAGCCAUUCGCUUCCAGAGGCAGGACAUGCUGGCAGUGCUGCUCACAGAGGUGUCCCAGCAGGCGGCCAAGUGUAUUCCAGCUAUGGUUUGCCCUGAGCUGACGGAGCAGAUCCGUCGUGAGGUGGCAGCCUCUCUUCACCAGCGCAAAGGAGACUUCACUUGCUACUUCCUCACUGACCUGGUCACCUUCACGCUGCCUGCAGACAUUGAGGAUUUGCCUCCAGCUGUUCAGGAGAAGUUGUUUGACGAGGUGCUUGACCGAGACGUACAAAAAGAACUUGAAGAGGAGUCUCCGAUCAUCAACUGGUCUCUAGAGCUCGGGACAAGGUUUGACAGUCGACUGUAUGCGCUCUGGAACCGCACAGCAGGCGACUGCCUCCUUGACUCAGUGCUACAGGCCACAUGGGGCAUCUAUGACAAGGACUCUGUGCUCCGUAAGACUCUUCAUGACAGUUUGCACGACUGCUCCCACUGGUUUUACACCCGCUGGAAGGAGUGGGAGUCAUGGUAUUCCCAGAGCUUCGGCCUGCACUUCUCCCUCCGAGAGGAGCAGUGGCAGGAAGAUUGGGCUUUCAUCCUUUCCCUUGCCAGCCAGCCAGGAUCCAGCUUGGAGCAGACCCACAUUUUUGUUCUUGCACACAUACUUCGUCGGCCUAUUAUCGUCUACGGAGUGAAGUAUUACAAGAGUUUCCGUGGCGAAACACUCGGGUACACCCGUUUUCAAGGCGUGUACCUGCCCCUCCUGUGGGAGCAGAGUUUCUGCUGGAAGAGCCCCAUCGCUCUGGGCUACACGCGGGGCCACUUCUCCGCGCUGGUGGCCAUGGAGAACGACGGCUUCGACAAUCGCGGCGCGGGCGCCAACCUCAACACCGACGACGACGUCACGGUCACGUUCCUGCCGCUGGUCGACAGUGAAAGGAAGCUGCUCCACAUACACUUCCUCUCCGCACAGGAAAUGGGGAACGAGGAGCAGCAGGAGAAGCUCCUGAGGGAGUGGCUGGACUGCUGCGUGACAGAGGGCGGCGUUCUGGUGGCCCUACAGAAAAGCUCCCGGCGCCGCAACCACCCGCUGGUCACCCAGAUGGUGGAGAAGUGGCUGGACGGCUACCGGCAGAUCCGGCCCUGUGCCUCUUUGUCUGACGGCGAAGAGGAGGAAGACGACGAUGACGAGUGACAAAACUGAAGCGGAGGGAGGCGGUCUGCAGGGGGCAGGAUUCCUCCCUCUCUGCUCUCCCAGUUUUUCUUUGGUUUCUUCUUUUUUUUUUGUUUAUUUUUUCUUUCCUGACACGGACAAACUGUGAAAGCCUUCAACAGGACAGGGAACCACAAGCCCCCCCACCCCCCCAACCCACACACAGGAAACAGCACUGCUCCUCGGACAUACUCUUUCAGGCAUCCAACACUUUUACUCAGACCAAACUGGCACCGACAACGAUUUGGGGCAGAGAAUAAAGGUUUACAAAUGCAAAUGACCCUUUGAUUUGCUUUGAGUUUCAAGUGUAAAGAAAAAAACUAAGAAUCUUUAUCCGUAGAUGUAAAUGCAUGUGGUUGUUCAAAUAAGAGUUAAAGGAAAUAUACCAGCAUUGAUUGAAAUCAACACUUUCUAUCUGUCCAGUGUGAGCACUGACAAAAGCACACUUCCAAAUUGAUCUUUAUGAUGUUUCUCCAGUUGUGUUAGACUCGGCUUGUUUAGUGUAUUUUGUUUUUUCAAACAGGCAGGGACAAAGCCAAUGAAUAUUGUCUUCAGAAAAACAGAGAUUGUGUAAUAAUAAGCAACUUUAAUCCUUAUUACUAAGCACUGCACAUUUAUUAAAACAUUUCUAUACAAAUACAGUAUCAUUGCUUGAAUUAAGAUCAUAUAUGAAGCUCUUUAAAAGGGAGAUUUGCCCUUCACAACUCACCAAGGUUUGGCACACUAACGUUCAUGUUGGAGAUUUGGUUUACUUUUUUCAGACUGAUUGAACUGAGAAGUUUGUGUGUGCGUGUGUGUGUGUGUUUUUUCUCUGAACUUGUUCAACAUAUUUAUUGUUUGGAAACUUAUUUGAGCUAAUGAGAACUUUCUGUAUAUUUUUCACCUUUUUGUGGUUUUUAAUUAUUCUUUCAAUCUAAUGAAGUCGCACAGGAACGCUGUUGCUGUGAGGGAAGAACCAAUCGUAACCAUCAGUGGAAGUUUACUUAACUUUGUUGCAUGGGAUUUCGUACCUCAUCUGGAUGCUUCAAAUCUGGUGCUUUUUUUUCCUGUGCGGACGAAUGCGGUGUUGAAAUGCAUUCAGUGUCGAUAUAAAACUUGUCAAAUCUCCGUCUAUUUCUUGUUUGUCCCAGUGUUCCUUCAAGCGUUUGCUGUCGAGCUCGAUCCUCGUAGUGGGUUCAACCUAAAGCCUGUUUGUCGUCUACCCAUGUUUUAAAUCAAAGUUAUCGUUAGACGUUACAACAUAUAAAACCAAAGCUGACAGUAAAAAAAAAAAACAAGUUCUUGCCCCAGUUUUUGCUGUGAAUGUUUGCAUUUUCUGUUUUUCUCGCCAUUGCGUACUGUAACCUCGUGUUUCAUUUCAGUCCUACAUGUUUUGAGCAUCACCUGUAUGUUGCUUUGUAUUUAUGCAAUAGAUGCAGUUGUGACUAUGAUGGUUUGUGGAUAUAGGCCUGAUUUCACUAAACAGAGUGUACUGCAAAGAACAGGCAAAAUAUGGAAAAAAAAAUAAAGGAAAACCUUUUUGAAUGUCCAAA